AACAAGAGAUAACAAUAUUUUCUACAUCACUAGUGUACAGAGAUAUAGAUAGUAGAAUUAUAAAUAUAGUCAGUGGAUAAUAUUCUUGAGUAUCGGCUGGGUUUUGUUGUGCAAAAAUUUUAUAAACUGGCGCGAAUUAUGGACGUAAUAGUGAUCGGUUGCGGUGCGUCAGGAUUGGCAGCGAUAAGAAAGCUGCAUGACGCUGGUCUCCAGGUCCUGGGCUUGGAGGCGGCCACCAGAAUCGGAGGGAGGAUACUCACCGUCGAAUAUUGCAACGGCACUGUAGACUUAGGAGCUGCCUGGUGUCAUGGCGAAAAAAACAAUAUAGUAUUUGAAUUAGCCGAACCUCUGGGGUUGCUUGGAAAACCUGAUGACUAUGAGAACUAUUUUAUGAUAUCUAAUGGAGAAUUGGUGCCGAGAGACGUCUGUGAAGAAAUAAUAUCCGUUUUGGAGAACGAAGUCUACGAGGCUGAUAAAAAUACAAAAUCCAUUUCGGAAUGCGUGCAGGGCGCAAUCAACAACCACGAGAUCCUCCAAAAGGAACCCCAUAUAACAAACUGGCUUACGGCUAUAUAUGAGAAACUAAACCAUUUGGGAGGCGAAGACGACCCGAAGACCGGCAAAUCGUUGAGAAGUCUGGAAGAAAGCCACAUUUGCGAGGGGGAAUUCAUGCUGAAUUGGAAGGACAAGGGAUUCAAAGCCCUCCUAAGCGUCUUGCUGAAUCAAUACCCGGAUCCCAGCAAAGAGAUACCAGUACAAAUCCUAAGGAACAAAGAGGUUACAAACGUACGAUGGAGGACAAGUCAGCCCGGGGAUACCACCAACCCACUCGUGCAAGUCAAGUGCAAAGAUGGCAGUCUGUAUGCGGCGAAGAGUGUCAUAAUUACAGUGUCUGUUGGAGUGUUGAAGGAAAGACACGCAAACCUUUUCAAUCCACCAUUACCAAAAGAGAAAUUAAACUGCAUAAACAACAUGCAAAUGUGUAUAUUGGAUAAAAUCUACAUAGAAUUCACCAAGCCCUGGUGGUCGAAGGCUUGUAAAUAUCAACUUCUGUGGCGCGAAGAAGAUAAAGCCCAGUUCUCGGACCAAGACAGAUGGAUCGCCGAAAUAUUUUGCCUCGAAACGGUUGAAUACCAGCCGAAUUUACUCCGGGCGUGGAUGUAUGGUAAAGCCGCGGCUUUUAUGGAGAAACUAAGCAAUGAUGAAGUCAAGACUGGAGUAAAUGUACUGUUGGAAAGAGUUUUGAAGAAGAGAUUUGAUGUGACGCCGGUUAAGUCGGUUUUAAGGUCAAAAUGGGGUUCAAAUCCGCUAACACGAGGCGCGUACGCAUACCGCAGUGUUACGACAGAAGAAAAUGGCGGCGGGGCGGCCAUCUUGAGUGAACCGCUGUUCCAUGACAAUGGGUUUCCCGUUGUAUGUUUCGGAGGAGAAGCCACGUCACAUCAUUACCAUCCGAACGUCCAUGGCGCCGUAGAAGCCGGUUUUAGAGAGGCUGAGAGACUCGUGGAGAGUUUCAAGAAAUUAUAAAAUAUUUCUAUAUACAUCAUGAUUAAAAUUAUUUAGAUUUCAAAAAUUCCUAAUAUAAUAUUUUAUAUAGUUCAAAAAAAUAUUUUGUUUUUGAAAAUAUAAGAUUUGAUUUAUUUUAUUAUAAACACUAUCUCAUGCCCGUAGUUUUGUCACCGUAAGGUUUCUCGAAUAAAACAGUUGAUUUAAUAUA